CAAGAAGACAUUACUAGAGAACUUUUCAAUUUCCUCGAACAGUUUUUCGUAAUGUUCUCUGAGUAUAAAACGCGUGAUUUCUAUAUAGGAGGACAGUCUUAUGCCGGGAAAUACGUCCCGUCAAUAGCGCAGUUCAUACAUCAAAAGGGGAAAAACAAGGAAACUAACAUCCCGCUCACUGGGGUGUAUCUAGGAGGUCCAUUUUUCGAUCCGUCAACUCAGGGUCCCGAAAUGUUGGACUAUUUUUAUUCUGUUGGAGCGGUAUCUUAUGCAUCUUAUCUAAAAUUUAAGAUAGCUGUUCAAAAUUUCACUCAGUCAAUAGGAGGCCGACCAUCCGGUUUAUUGAUGAGUUGUAUUAUCAUUCACUUAGGGCUCUUUAAAGUUCCAGGGGUCAUACAAAUGGACAAUUAUAUGCACCAAAAUCCUGCGGGUUACACAUGCGUCAAAAAUGUGAUGACGUUAGAUCCCGUGGUGAAAGCGGUGCAUGUUGGACCUAACCAGAAUUUCAUCGUAGCAGGCACAGGAGAUGCGUAUCAGAAAUUUGGAGACGAGUUUUUCAAGAGCACCAAAGGUCAGCUCUCUGAACUGUUAGAUAAUAAUUAUAAAGUUCUGGUGUAUACGGGAGAUUAUGACACUGUGGUUAGUUCUUCCAUGACGGAAGCGGCUCUCGUGUCAACCCCCUGGUCACGGCAAAAGGAAUAUAACAACACAGAGCGGUCAGUGUGGGGUAAGGAUGACACGUUGGGUUUUUACUCCCUCACUGGACGCCUUUGCCGGGUGGUUGUCCGAGCAGCUGGCCAUCAAACACCACGUGACCAGCCAGAGCGGAGUUUUCUAAUGAUGUCCUUGUUCCUUCGUGAUGGUUGUGUGCACAACGAAGGUGAGGCCGUUGUUUGGGGUUAG